CUGAAAUUGCAAAAUUUGGCCAAAAUGAUGCACCUCCUUCAUCUUACCCUAUGAUGCAAUAUCACCCAUCUAACUAUCCCAGAGAAGGAAUGCAUCAAGGUCGAUCUAUGUCUACCCCACAGCCUAUGGUCGGGGUUGAAUCUUCUUCCCCUUAUCAUCCUUCGCAAGUAUCGGAUGUUGAUUACCGUUCAUCAUUCUCAGAUCCACACCGAUCGUCUAAAAUUCCUCCGCAUAGUCCUUUGUCAAUGUUACCAGAGAUCCCUUUUUCUCCUCAUCUUCGCUCUAACCCUAAUUAUAUUCCACAUCAUUAUCUGGUGGAUCGG